UCUCGCUCUCUUCCACACACUUUCUCGCUUGCAGGGAGUGAGAGGGGAAACGGGGAGGGAAGAAUGAGGAAGAAGUCCGUUCAGCUGCGCGCCUCGUCCCAACAAAUGCGGGUUUGCUGAUGAAGCCGCUCCGGUCAUUCGAUCAUACAGGUCGCACGGGUCGCGCUGAAUGGAAACUAGGAGUAGUCUGAUUCACCAGCAGCAAACAAGAGCAACAAAUCAAAAACUGCCAGUGCAUGGGAAUCCGGACUCUCCCCUCCUUUUGUGCGUCUCGGUCGGUGGAUCCGCCGCUUCGGCCGGCGUAUAAGAGGUCCCUGCGUCUGCAUUUGCCAUUCCCCUCUGCUGGCUUUUACCUCCACUACUACUACUACCACUCCUACUACACUCCUUAUACUACAGUAACUAGUAGAUAGAGCCUGUGCUGCUUUUACUACUGACUGGUCCUGUCCGGAUUUUGAGGAGACUGUCCGCAACAACAACACCAAAAAAAAAAAAAAAAAAAAAAAAGGUUCAACAUUAAUAUUGUCCCGGACUGAAAGUCACCAUGGGCCGCUUGGCUCAGUCCUCCCUUCUGUCCCCUGCUUCGAGGCUAGCAGUUGUCACCGUGAUUCUCCUCCUCAAGCUUCAUCCUUCUCUGGCUGGUGCCCCCCCUGAGCCAAGCUCGGACGGUUCAGUUUCGGCUGUUUCCACCAAUAACACCGAAUGUAGCAAGGCUGAGGAGUGCUCAAAGGGGGUCAUCCUUCCUAUAUGGGAACCCCAAAAUCCAUCAUUUGGUGACAAGGUUGCCCGGGCAACGGUUUACUUUGUGGCUCUGGUCUACAUGUUCUUGGGGGUGUCAAUCAUCGCCGACCGUUUUAUGGCGUCAAUAGAAGUCAUAACAUCACAGGAAAAAGAGAUCACCAUUAAGAAACCCAAUGGAGAAACCACCACCACCACCGUCCGGAUUUGGAAUGAGACCGUCUCUAACCUCACACUCAUGGCUCUAGGCUCCUCAGCUCCUGAGAUCCUGCUGUCUGUCAUAGAGAUUGUGGGUCACGGGUUCCACGCUGGAACGCUGGGGCCCUCCACCAUCGUUGGUUCGGCAGCAUUCAACAUGUUCGUCAUCAUCGGGCUUUGCGUGUAUGUCGUGCCUGAUGGCGAGACGAGGAAAGUCAAGCACCUCCGCGUCUUCUUCGUCACCGCCACCUGGAGUAUCUUCGCCUACAUUUGGCUCUACCUGAUCCUGUCUGUGAUCUCGCCUGGUGUUGUGCAAGUGUGGGAGGGGCUUCUCACAUUCUUUUUCUUCCCCAUCUGUGUGGUGUUUGCCUGGGUGGCCGACCGCCGUCUGCUGUUCUACAAGUAUGUGUACAAGCGCUACCGGACCGGCAAACAGCGUGGCAUGAUCAUCGAGACUGAGGGGGAUCGACCACUACCCUCCAAGGAGGUGGACAUUGAGAUGGAUGGAAAGAUGCUGAACUCUCAUGGUAUUGACUUCCUGGACGGUCCGCUGGGUUUGGAGCUGGAUGAGAAGGAUCUGGAUGAGGAGGAGACCAGGAGGGACAUGGCCAAGAUCUUGAAGGAGCUCAAACAGAAACAUCCUGACAAAGAGGUGGAACAACUUAUUGAACUUGCCAACUACCAGGUCCUGAGCCAGCAGCAGAAAAGCCGUGCUUUCUAUCGAUGCCAGGCCACCCGGCUGAUGACAGGAGCUGGAAACAUCUUGAAGAAACACGCGGCUGAUCAGGCACGAAAGGCUGUCAGCAUGCACGAGGUCCGUUCAGAUGCUGGUGACAAUGACCCAGUCUCCAAGAUCUUUUUUGAGCCCGGCUCCUACCAGUGUCUAGAAAACUGUGGCACAGUUGCAGUGAAUGUCAUGAGACGUGGUGGAGACCUGGGUAAGACUGUGUCAGUGGAGUACCGGACGGAAGACGGCACCGCCAACGCAGGCUCAGACUACGAGUUCACAGAAGGCGUGGUUAUGUUCAAGCCCGGUGAGACCAUGAAGGAGAUCCGCGUGGGGAUCAUUGACGAUGACAUCUUCGAGGAGGACGAAAACUUCUUGAUUCACCUUUCCAAUGUCAAGGUGCUGUCAAAUGAAGGGGAGGAGCCAGAGGAAGGCGAGUCAGCGAAUCAUGUGGACUCAGUGGCGUGUCUCGGCUUACCCUCCACAGCAACCGUCACCAUCUUUGAUGACGACCACGCCGGUAUCUUUACAUUCGAGGAGCCAGUAUGCCAUGUAAGUGAGAGCGUUGGCACCAUGGAGGUGAAGGUGCUGAGAACAUCUGGAGCUCGCGGCAUCGUCAUGCUGCCAUACAAGACAUUGGAGGGAACAGCACGAGGCGGUGGAGAAGACUUUGAAGAUACUCAUGGCAUCCUGGAAUUUCAGAACGACGAGAUCUUGAAGACCAUAACCAUUAGGAUCUUAGACCGGGAGGAGUACAAUAAGCAGUCUUCAUUCUACGUUCUGCUUGACACGCCCGAGUGGAGACGGAGCGGGAAGGAACGGACAGAGGAAAAGCAAAAGGAAGAGGAGGAGGAAGAGGAAGCUCUGACAGGAAAAGACGAGGAAGAGCGGCGCAUCGCAGAGAUGGGACGUCCCAUGCUGGGAGACCACGUCAAACUGGAAGUCAUCAUAGAGGAAUCAUAUGAGUUUAAGAACACAGUGGACAAGCUGAUAAAGAAAACCAACCUGGCUCUUUUGGUCGGAACCAACAGCUGGAGAGACCAGUUCAUAGAAGCCAUCACCGUGAGUGCAGGUGAGGAUGAUGAUGACGAGGAGUGCGGAGAGGAAAAGCUCCCGUCAUGUUUCGACUACGUCAUGCACUUCCUCACUGUCUUCUGGAAGGUUCUGUUCGCCUUCGUCCCACCCACUGAGUACUGGAACGGCUGGGCCUGCUUUGUUGUUUCCAUCUGCAUGAUCGGACUGCUCACCGCCAUCAUAGGGGACCUGGCCUCCCAUUUUGGUUGCACAGUUGGCCUGAAAGACUCAGUCACAGCAGUGGUAUUUGUUGCAUUGGGAACCUCUGUUCCAGAUACCUUUGCCAGCAAGGUAGCUGCUAUCCAGGAUCAGUAUGCAGACGCCUCCAUCGGUAAUGUGACAGGCUCCAAUGCUGUCAAUGUGUUCCUGGGCAUCGGGGUUGCAUGGUCCAUCGCUGCAAUCUACCACAACAGCAAAGGAGAGGAGUUCAGGGUGAAUCCCGGUACACUGGCCUUCUCUGUCACGCUCUUUACCAUCUUUGCCUUUAUAUGCGUCGCCACGCUGAUGUACCGACGGCGGCCGGAGAUCGGUGGUGAGCUGGGUGGGCCCCGGACUGCGAAGGUCCUGACCACCAUGCUGUUUAUCAGCCUGUGGCUCCUCUACAUCCUCUUCUCUUCACUGGAGGCUUACUGCCAUAUCCAGGGCUUCUAAGGGAUCUGAUGAAAGGAAAGGGUGGGACAUCAGGAAGCAGAAGAAAUCAAGAAGAGGUGGAUGAGCGGAAGGAUUUGGAAAUGAAGGCUGCCUCUUUGAUCUAUCACUCCCUCUCUUUAUGAAGUAGAUUGAAUGAUGGAUGAAUGGAUAAUGUACAGAUGAAGGAGUGAAGGACGCAAUUAAGCAAAAAUAGGAUGGAGGGAAGAGUAGAUACAUUAAAAGACUUCAACAAGCAUCAUAAGAGCUGAAGAAAUGGCUCUGAAGAAGGAAAAACGAAUAAACAAGAACAGCUGGAAUAAUUUGUCAAUCUAUGAAUCUAAAUCAGUCAAUCUUUGUUUUAAAACCAUCUUUAAAACACAGAACCAAAUGUCAAAUUAGAAAAAUAGAAAUGCACACUCACUCACAAAUAUACAUGAUUCAAUGUGUCAUGGCUGGUUUAAUAUUAAUGAAGUCAUCCGUAGGUGAAAAAGGAAUAACGUACCAUUGAAGACAACACUCCUGUCCAUCCUCCUCAUACCAUAGCAGUGCUACUCCUGCAUCCAGUUUCAGUAACUUAACACAGAAAGACAGAAUAACUGUAGAAGCCAGACAAUACAGAAAAAGUGAAAGAAGAAAUCAGAUAUUCACCACAACUGUUUAAUGACAACAAACUGUGUGUAUGCCGGCGUGUGACUGUGUGUUUAUGUGCUUGUGUGUUGUGGAAGAUGGUCAAGUACUGUGAAAAAUGCAUCUCGUUAUGCUGUUGCUGCGUGAGACAGAAUAUGCUUUUGUAUUCAAAGUCUCUUCGACUCAAGCUCUCCCAGCCUGUAGAAAUGCUGAGUAAGACUUUUGUUGGAGGGCAUGCUCAACGAAGCGAACCAAUGAAAGAAAUGAAAAUGUAAAUACAAAGAGCUGGACAUACAUUGCAGCUUCUUCUGAAUGUCUUGGUUAUGCCAUGCGCUCCGGAACGGGCCCUCUUUUGCUUUAUUCUGUAGAUGUAAAUGAUUUAAGGUCUAAUUUCAAUCAAGAAAGAGGUUUGUGUGCAUUUACCUUUAAUAAGGCCAUGUCUGACCAGACAAACUGGCCACUUUACCGUUAAAAACUGUUAGAGAAACUAUUAUCACUGCAUAAAUAUCUAGAUGAAUCUUUUGUGGGGUUUUUUUUUUUUUUUUGUAAACUGUGGAAUUCUGUUACCUGGUUUUCCACCAGUGGGAUUGCCACCAUCAUGUGUCAAUCAUAACUUUGCAAUAGACUUUGAAAACAGUAGUUACCGCCGUCUGUGAAAUCUCAUAGGCUGUCUGCUUCUGACAAUGUGUAUCUGACGUCAAUGCCACUUUCCAUUGGUUCACUCAGCAGCUUCUUUCCUUCUAUUUUUGUGUCUUAAGGACCUCCCCCUGGCUGGUCAGUGGACCAAUCAAAAUCCUCAAGGGCUUUGUAAGAAACAACCACUAAUCCCCUGACCUCUGAGUUAUAUUUCUUCACACAGAUUGGACUAUAGGGCACUGUAUAAGGAGCUUUUAUUCCUAAAAUGAACCCUACACCAACUAAAUAGAUGGAUUUGUCUUGGCUCUAACAAAUAAAGACAAAAGAUUUUAUGAAGUAAUAUUUACAUGACUUAAUGAACAAUUUCUCCAAUUUAUGACAUCCUAAAAAUAUUAAAUGAAGUGAUCCAUUUAGUAUUUGGUCCAGUGAGCCUUAUCCAUUGUGGCCAGCCAAACUAAUCCAUGCAAUGUCCUUUCCCAGGCCACCUCCACUCAUCAUUGUGUUUCUGAAAUACUUCUUCAAUUAACCUUGAAGCACUAAAUGACUGGACUGUGAAGGCUUUAACCCAAAGAACGCAGUGAAAUUUUGACUUCACAUUACUUAUUUAUUUAGGCACAAGUGUUAUAGUCCUCAAAUUGACAAUAAGAAUUCAAUGUGUGUUAGUCACUUCUAUUUGAUGUGCUUAAAAGUCAGUCAUGGAUCCUGGUCCCUGAUGUCAAUAACCAGGUUUCAGUCUUAACAUGGAACCAUCAGAUGACAGGAGAUAUUUACAGACUUAGAAGUAGAUCUGAUGAUGAGUAGUGGCUUAAAAGACAACUGAUGGCACUGAAACGUGACUUCUCCUGAUGGCGGUUUUGUGAAGUGCUGGGUUAGUAAGUAAAUAUGUAUUAAUCCUUAUGUUUCGGAGCAUAACGAUAAUGAAAACUAAAGUGAAAUUAUUGUACACUUAGCAGUCAAAUCCAGACCUUAUUAGACAGUUAAUAGUCAAGAACAUACAAGAAACAAUGCAACCAAACCAAUAGGAUGAUGAAAUUAAACAAAUCAAUCUAGCCUCUCCUGGAAGAUGUGUAAAAUAAAAGUCUUUAAGCCUAUGUUGAGUGUCAAAGACGUUUACACUUCAGACUGUUAACUACUAACUAUUAUUGUUUAGCCAGGUCACGACUUCUAUAAAACUUACUGUAAAUGUAGGCAUUGGAAAAGUCCAUAGUUUGUAAAAUGGCACUAUACUGUAUGCAGCUCAAUUGGCCAGAGUUUUCCUGCUGAUGUUGUGUUUUCUACUUGAUGUAUAAUAUAAUAAGUAGUAUUUAAACAUCAUCUGUAAAGUAAGUAGUCUGGGCUAGAUGUAAUCCAUUUAAAACUUGGCAACAAUCGUGUCUCAACCCCUACGAGAGAGAAGAGAGCCCUGGAUUGGACGAGUUUGGCAAAUCCAUAGUAUCAUGAGAGUAACAAAACAAAUAUCCUGGAGUUUGUAACAUAAAAUCUAUUUCUAAUUUUCCAAGUAAUACACCCAAAAUGGAGAAUAACUUCAGAGUGAUUUAAUGGAACCUUAAGUUGUUGCGUUGCUUGUUUUUGCCAAACUCUGCACAAUAUAGGCUGCGGCUCUCUGUUAGAGUAGCUGUUCUCAUAUGAAGGCCUUGGAGUGGCAGUUUACCCCUGUUUUGCCAAAGGGAAAUCUUUCUAUCAGAAACUAUUUGCAGUCCAACCUAUAAAGGGUUUUCUAAACAACCGUUCUUUCUUAAAACACCAAAUAUUGUUCAUAUUUCAUCGACACUCUAAAGAGAGACAAAAAAACUUGAUGUUUUAAAUGUAGUAAGGAUCUUUCUAUUUACAUUUGUAUGCUUUUGUCUCUUCACUGGCAUGGCGCUGAAGGUUUAUACACUGUAAAAAAAAAAAAAAAAAAAAAAGUUAUGCUAGCUUGUGCAACAAAAAAAAAAAGAAACUACAUUGUCAAAGCAGUUAUGUCACUUUUUGAGUAAGUUCACCAGGUUAUUACUCCUCAGUAAUGUUGAAUUUACUGAAAAUGUGCCUGUACUGCUGCCUAACUGAUGGGUGAAAAGCUUGCAAUAAUGUAGUUGUUUGCAUCAAGUUUGCUACACAUUUCCUGAAGCUAACAUUUUAAUUUGAAGGGAAGUAUGCUCUUUUGCUCCACCGGCUUAUCUGCAUCACUUCCCUCAGUGUACCUUGAUUCGAGUUAGUGUUAUGUUUAAUAAAUUACAGAUUACAACAGAGUGCGAUUGUCCUUCUGGAGCUGGACCACGGUGGGAAGUUAACAUAGCCUGAAAUGUUAGUUGUAGCUACCAGGUAUGCUUGAUUUGGUUUGCCGCUUUCUUCUCUUAAGCAUCUCGUCCUGGUAAAAGGACAGAAUAUUUACAGAAUUUAACUUCCUGCCCUGGUUUGGACUCCUGACAUACGGAGAGUCAAGGUUUUACCAGGGCAGCGCUGUAAAUAUAACACACAGAGCAACAAAGGAGUAGAAAAUGAGCUGUAGAAUACAACUUUUUUUAUUAGUUUUGGUGCAGACUGAAAAGUGGCCAGGGUUUUAAAUGAAGGAAAAGCACUGCACUGGUCCUGUCGUUGAUGUGGAACAGCUACGAUGUUUCGCAAGUUGCUUCUGAUGUAAACAACAGAUUUUUUUUACACAGAUGUAAACAAAAUAAUGUCGUACCUGAUGUAAAAAGUAAAAAAAAACAAAAAAAAACAAAAAAAAAAAACAGUGGGGUUAAAUCAGUUGUGAACCAUUAAUGAGGUUGCUUCUGAUGUAAAAGGUCAAUGACGUGCAUUUGUUGCCUCAUUCGCCUCCUGACUGUGUAAGAGACUGGGAAGUACAUGAACACAACACCAAACAGACAAACAAACAAACAAACAAAAGGACGGACACUGAGACACUGCUGCAGCAAUUAAAGUACUGCUGGAAAACGGGCAGUACCAGAGUUAUUCAGUACCCUUAACAUAACAUUAAACAAGUACAAUGUAAAAGGAUGAUGAUAAAUAAAGGAAGGAGGAGAAGGAAGACGAGGAGCAACAGGAUUAAAAAUGAAAGAAAAAAAAACAUGAAGUUACAGCCAUACGUUGAUUUCUGGGUCAGUGAGACUCAAAUGGACUUCUCCUGCCCAGCAUGUGUAUUGUUAUGGUGUCUAUCUGUCCCUCUAUGUCUCUCCCUCUCUUCCUCUAUAUUUCUUUCUCUCUCUCGCUCUCUCUCUUUCUCUUUCUCUGCUGCCAAAGUAACCAAAAUAGGCAGUAAUCGUUUUGUUCCCGGUCUUUCCCUCCCUCCUCUCCAGUCCCUUUUUUCCCUCUGUCUCCCUAUGCCAUGUUUUCCAUAUUUUGGAAUGUCAAUGUGCUACUUGUUGACACUGUGCAUGAAUGAUAACAUGUCUGUAUAUAGUUAUAGAGAAUUGUAUCCCAUUUCCCUAGUGUUGAUGAAAAAUGGUUUGAAUGUUGUACAGAUUCAGGUUUUCUGUUUAUCUUUUAGUUACAUUUUUAUGUAUGUAGAGCUUAACUACAUUAUGUUUUUAAUUUAAACAAAGACAGUGUCUUUUGUUCCGGAGUAACUUGCACAUUACUGAUUAAUUAACUGAAGAUUUUGUUUUCUUUCUUUCUUUCUUUUUUUUUUUUUUUUUUUUUUUAAAAAGGCAAUAUCUGCUGUUAUUGAAUGAGAGAUGAGAUCCUAAGGAGCUAUGUAUCUUAAAUAAAUAUUCUAUAUGGGAUUUGCAUGGGUUAUUUGUACAAAAAAAGACACUGCUUGCUACUUCUAAUACCGUGGCUGUAUUCUCUGACAGAGGGCGAGGAAUACUGUAUGUACAUCUAAAGGUUAUUUUGUCAUUAAAGAAAGAAUGAAAAUAUUGUGUAUAUAGUGUACAGUGUUAUAAGUGUGAUGGACUAUAUGGCCAUCACGCUAACCAUAGAGAAUUAAUCCAACAUAUUUAUUUAAAGGAAACAAAAGCACUCACUACACUCAAGAAUGACAUAUAUUGCCUUUUUGGAGAAGUUGUAGUUUGCUUAAAGCUUGUUUCUCUAUCUUGGCCUUUCUCUUUUCUUCUCCAUCAUCCUUUUUCUCUGCCUGUGGUUGUUUUUUUUUUUCCAUUUCUCUUCCCUCCUGCAUUGAUUUGUUGUGCAUCCUUCAUCCGUUGGAAUCUGACUCAGAUGGUGUCAUUCUUUCUGUCUGUCUGUCUGAAGUGCAUCUGGCUGUGUAUCGCGCCGAUUUAACGGUAUUUAUCUUUACAUCUGCAUCUUAUCCAUACAUGUUCACAUUCCCGUGUGUUGAUAUUCUUCUGUGUAGGCUACACAUCUCUCAAAUGAUUAUUUGUCUCUAAAUGAGUCACCAUCUGCCUGAUUCAGAACCUGAGCAUCUGUCAUUUUUCUUCCUUGCCAAAUCCCUCAGUGUUUUUUUUUUCUCUUUUUUAAUCUCUUUGCUCCAUCUUGUCUUUUUUUCACCUCUGGAUGCCCUGUCACAUCCUUCCCUCUUCUGCACAUUCAUCUUUCCUUUGUUUCUCUCGACUCUCACAGGGUGUAUUUGGACAUAUAUUGUUUGUCAACUUUAUUUGGUGUGUGUGUGACUUUUUUAAUUGACACAAUAACAAAUGAUUAUAAUGUUGGUAAUAAUGAAGAUAAUUUUCUAAUUUUUUUCUUUUAACUGAUGUCUUUUUGUGUGUGUGCGUGUGUGCCUGUGUUAAUUUUUCUUUUUUUUUCUUUUCUUUUUUGUUUAUCACCAACUGAUAGGAGGAAAGUUGUUGUAUGUGUGUUGCCACUAACUGUGACUGCUCUCCAUGGUACAUGGUACUUCUGAUAAAAACAAAUAAAAUAAAGUUUGGGAUACCCUG